AUGCCUUCGUCGUCGUCCUACGAGAAGGCGAAAGAGGUCAUGGCCAUGGCCACGUCCGUCGCCGCGUCCAUGAUGCUGGUGCGCAGCCUCGCCAACGACCUGAUCCCGCCCGAGGCGCGCAGCCUGCUCUCCUACUGCCUCAGCGGCCUGCAGUCCCGCAUGGCGUGGCGCCACACCAUCGUCGUCGAGAAGACCGACGGGUAUUACACCAACAACGUCUUCUACUCCGUCAAGACCUACCUCGCGUCGCGCAUGGAGAACGACAACGCCACCCGCGACGUGCAGCGCCUGCACCUCAGCAGCGGCGGCUUGGACGACGACGACGACCCCGAGAAGCUCGUCCUCGGCAUGGAGGAGGGCGAGGAGAUGAUCGAGGUCUACCAAGGCGCCGAGUUCAGAUGGAGCCUCCACUCCCACGACCUCCCCGGCGACUCCUCCACCACCCUCGGCCGCGGCGGCGGCAGGCAGUACUACGAGCUCACCUUCCACAAGAAGCACAAGGACAAGGCCAUCAAAGCCUACGUCCCCCACAUCCUCGCCACCGCCAAGGAGAUAAGGGACAAGGACAGGCCUCUCACCAUUUACAUGAACGACGGCUCCGACUGGUCUCCCAUGGACCUCAACCACCCCUCCACCUUCGACACGGUCGCCAUGGACCGCACGCUCAAGCACUCCGUCAUCGACGACCUCGACAAGUUCAUCAAAAGAAAGGCAUACUUCAAGAAGAUCGGCAAGGCCUGGAAGAGGGGCUACCUGCUACACGGCCCGCCCGGCACCGGCAAGUCCAGCCUCAUCGCCGCCAUGGCCAACCACCUCAGGUUCGACAUAUACGACCUCGAGCUCACCGGCGUCCACAGCAACUCCGACCUCAGGAAGCUUCUCAUCGGGAUGACCAACCAGUCCGUCCUCGUCAUCGAGGACAUCGACUGCACCAUUGACCUCAAACAACGAGAUGAUACUAGUAACACUUCUAGCACCAAGGACGAGAACAACAAGCAGGUAACCUUGUCCGGGCUUCUCAACAUCAUCGACGGCCUAUGGUCCACCAGCGGGGAGGAGAGGAUCAUCGUCUUCACGACCAACUACAAGGACCGUCUCGACCCUGCGCUUCUACGGCCCGGCAGGAUGGACAUGCACGUCCACAUGGGAUACUGCACAACCGAGGCCUUCAGGAUUCUCGUCAACAACUACCACUCCAUCGACUACCAUGCCACGUAUCCACAGAUCGAGGAGCUGAUGGCGGAGGUGGAAGUGACGCCUGCGGAGGUCGCCGAGACCUUGAUGAGGAGCGAAGAGCCUGAUGUCGUGCUCCAUGCUCUUAUCGACCUCCUAAAGUCAAAAAAAGAAUUGUUGGCAGAAUCUGCCACUGCCUACAAGGAGGAGGAUUCUGGUGAUGAUGCUAAGGAGGAGGAGGAGGAUUGCUAUGAUGCUAAGGAUAAUGGCGACGAUGAUGAUUAUGAUAACGACGAGACAUAA